ACGGAGCUGAUGGACCUGCGGGCGGACGGCUUCGUCAUCAGGAACCAGCACGGGGAGGUGGUCUUCCGGCUGGCCUUCCGCUCGGGCACCCUCGACCUGGAGUCAUGCUCCAAGGAGGGCGAGAUUUUGAGCUGCACACGGUCGGGUGGGGGACCGCUCAACUUCUUCAUCCAGACGGUGAAGCCCAAGGACACGGUGAUGUGCUACCGUGUGCGCUGGGAGGAGCUGGCGGCCGGCCCGGCGGUGGAGCACACCAUGUUCUGGGAGGACGCCCACUGGUACGGGGGCUCGGAGAUGAGCACCCAGCACUGGCCCAUCCGCCUGGCUGGCUACCAGGAGCCUGUACCCUACGUGACGAGUGACGUCUACUCCUUCCGCGACAGCUUUGGCGGCAUCCUUGAGCGCUACUGGCUCUCCUCCAAGGCGGCGGCCAUCAAGAUCAACGACUCCGUGCCCUUCCACCUGGGCUUCAAUGCCACCGAGCGCACCCUCUUCUUCCAGGCUCGCUACAAGGACUCGCCCUACAAGCCUCCGCCGGGGCAGCAGCCCUUCCCUGAGCUCAGCUACCGGGUCUGCGUGGGCUCCGACGUCACCUCCAUCCACAAGUACAUGGUGCGCAGGUACUUCAACAAGCCCUCCAAGAUCCCUGCUGAGAACGCCUUCCGAUACCCCAUCUGGUCCACCUGGGCUCUCUACAAGAACAAUAUCGACCAGGAUAAACUCUUGAGAUUUGCUGAAAAAAUCAAGAAGUACCAUUUUAACUGCAGCCACAUUGAAAUCGAUGACAUGUACACGCAAGCCUAUGGGGACUUUGACUUUGACCCUGUCAAGUUUCCCAACGUGACAGAGAUGUUUGCAAAACUGAGGGAGGAUGGGUUUAAGGUCACCUUGUGGACUCAUCCUUUCAUCAACUACAAUUCCUCCAAUUUUGGAGUGGGAAUUGAGCGGCAGCUGUUCAUCAAGGAGCCGUCGGGGCGUCUGCCGGCCAUGGUGGAGUGGUGGAAUGGCAUCGGGGCCAUCCUGGACUUCACCAACCCGGCAGCCCGGGACUGGUUCCAGAGCCACCUGCGCCAGCUCCGACACAAGUACGGCAUCUCCUCCUUCAAGUUUGACGCGGGUGAGACCAGCUACCUGCCCAAGCAGUUCAGCACCUUCCGCCCACUCUCAGACCCCAGCAUCUGGUCACGGCGCUACACGGAGAUGGCCAUCCCCUUCUACGAGCUGGCUGAGGUGCGGGUGGGCUACCAGUCACAGAACAUUUCCUGCUUCUUCCGCAUCAUUGACCGCGACUCCGUCUGGGGCUACGAGCUCGGCCUCAAGUCCCUCAUCCCCACUGUGCUCACCAUCAGUAUGCUGGG